CCCACGAGGGCCUACGUCCUUCCUUCCUCCGCCAGGGGCGGAACCCAGUGUCCUCUUCCUGCCCAACGCAGACCCCCCGGACCCUGACCAUGACCCUGGUGGGGGUUUGGGGACGAUGUUUCCCGCGGACGCAGACGUGGCUCUGCAGGAGAGCUGUUCCCGGAGGGGGUCGCCACUACCGCACGGCGCUCUGCGCGCAGUUGAAGCAGCCACUUGCCAUCGAGGAGGUCGCCCCCCGCCCCUUGCAGCCUCAAGAGGUCCGAGUUGAUGUUCAUUUCUGUGGAGUUAACUUUGCUGAUAUUUUGGUCUGCCAUGGUCAGUAUCAAGAAAAGCCCCAACUUCCCUUCACACCUGGAAUGGAGUUUUCCGGGAUUGUACUGGAGACUGGCUCAGAAGUCCACUCAGUGAAAGAGGGAGAUCAAGUAAUUGGUGUGAGUGGCUAUAAUGGGAUGGCUGAAGAAUGCAUCACUGACCAGAAGAUGCUGUGGCAGAUCCCAGAAAAGGUUCCCCUCCUUGAAGCUGCUGCCCUGCCUGUAACUUAUGGAACUGCCCUUCUGGCCCUAGAGCACCGGGCCUGUACUCAGCCUGGAGAAACUGUUUUAGUGACAGCAGCUGCUGGAGCCACAGGCCUGGCUGUAAUAGAUGUGGCAACCAAUGUUCUUCAGGCCAAGAAUCUUUCCAUGGGAUCAUGUUUGGCCUUCUGGGAAGCCUUUUCUGAUAUGGAUCUGGUGAUAGCUGCAGCUGGAAGUGAUGAGAAGUGCCAGCUGGCCAUGCAGCGGGGCGCCCAGGCCAGCGUGAACUACACCCGGGGCAGCUUGAAGGAGGCAGUGCAGCAGCUGGUGGGCAAUGAUGGGGUGAACGUGGUUAUCGACACUGUAGGAGGAAACGUUUUCCUGGAAGCCCUCCGCAGCUUGGCGUGGGAGGGCAGGAUUGUGGUGGUGGGCUUCGCUGGAGGAACCAUUGCCUCUUUGCCAGCCAACCUUCUGCUUCUGAAGAAUAUCUCUGCUAUGGGGCUGUUCUGGGGUCGAUACAAAAAGCAGAACUUUCCCGUCUUCUCCAGGAGCCUCACCUCAGCUCUUCAGUACUGCCAGCAAGGGCGCAUUCAGCCAUACAUUGGAGCGGUUUUUAAGCUGGAGGAGAUCAAUGCUGCCUUCCUUCAUGUGACACAGCGCAAAUCCACAGGCAAGGUGCUUCUCUCUAUGAAAUAAAGCCUUACCUUAGAAGCAAACGUGGCAGGUUCAAAUCCAAACUCAUUAUCUUUUUAAAACCAAAUAAAUAAACCUGGUCCCCCUCUAUCUAGGUUCAGAAUCUUUAA